GCAUCGGAUAAAAUCAUUGGGUACUGGUUGUUAGGAUGUUCCGGAUUAGUUUUUGGAGCCGUUAUUCUUGGUGGAAUAACCCGUUUGACAGAAUCUGGAUUGUCUAUGGUUAGAUGGCAUAUUAUCAAAGGUAUGAAACCCCCAAGUUGUCAUGAGGAAUGGUUAAAGGAGUUUGAGACUUACAAGUUGUAUCCGGAAUACAAAUUCUCGAAACAUAAUAUUACGCUGGAAGAAUUCAAACGAAUCUUUUACAUGGAAUAUUUGCAUAGAAUGUGGGGUCGCUUAAUUGGAGUUGCUUUCGCGGUACCAGCGGUAUAUUUCUUAAGUAGAGGACGAAUCUCGAAGGCUAUGAAACCUAGACUCGCUAUAUAUUUUUCUUUGCUAGUUUUUCAGGGUUUACUUGGAUGGCAUAUGGUCAAAAGUGGUUUAGUGGAGGAUAAUCGGACACGUAGUAUACCUCGUGUGAGUCAGUAUAGACUUAUGGCUCAUCUAGGGUCAGCUUUUCUGUUGUAUGCCGGCUUAUUUUGGAGUGGACUAUCGUAUCUUAUCAAGCCUAAACAACUAUCAGAGAGCCCAAAAUUAAAAGCGCUGCGAAUUCUAAGCCAUGGAAAUUUAGGAAUAAUUUUUACCACAGUUUUAGCCGUAGGUGCAAUUGUGGCUGGUUUGGAUGCCGGCUUGGUGUAUAACUCAUUUCCAAAAAUGGCUGGUAAGUGGAUACCCGAAGACAUUAUGGCCAUCUCGCCAAAAUGGAGAAAUUUUACGGAAAACUCAACAACUGCUCAAUUCACCCAUCGUGUUCUAGGUCUAACAACUCUUACAAGUAUUUUUGGUUUAUGGUGCUUUGCCAGGCCAUUGACGUUACCGAGGCGAGCUCGUCUAGCGACGAACUGCUUAUUAGCUAUGUCUGGAGUGCAGGUUUCACUGGGAAUUACUACGCUGCUGUACUAUGUACCAACCCCGUUAGCAGCUUCCCAUCAAGCUGGCUCAUUGCUUUUAUUUACGAAUGCGUUAUGGCUUGCGUACGAACUGAGAAAGAUGAAAUUUUAA